AUGGCUUCUAAAAUUCCAAGUCCAAAUCUUCGAGUAAUGGAUUUUGAAAAUCUAAAUUCCAGAUCUUUAUAAAAAGGAUUUAAAAUCCUAAAAAUCCAGAUCCAAAAUUCAAUAUCCCAAAUUCAUACGCCAACAAAAAUUAUGACAAAAAUGUUUUAAGAAAAACUAGUUUUUCUAAUAUUGGAUCCUAAAAAUUAGAUUUAAACUUACGCUAUCUACACAAAUACCAAUAUCUAACGCAAUACGGUUUUCAAAUGGAUUUUCAAUGAAUUUUAAAACUGUUCUGACAAGGAUUUUAAAAACCCAAGUCCAAAAUCCAAAACCAAAAUCCUUUCUGCUUAACUCUGCCUAUUACACGUGUUCAUCACUAAGUCUGUAAACAUUUUUGAUUUAUCUACAGGUCCACAAUUCACCGAUAUGGAACCUUAAGAGAGCGGCGCCUCCGACUUUUAUCAAACCGUUAAUCUUACCCGCUUCGCACACGCAUUCGACGCUUAGCCCCGGAUUAUUGAGUUUGUUACAAAAUUCUCAGUCCAGUCCAUCUUCACCGCCUCCACCAUCGUCUCUUCCUUCGGGAAAUAACGGUUUACCAGGAACCACGCCGACUAACCCGCUGUCUCUUAUUCCGCCUUCGAUAUUAAGUCAAUUGUCGACUAUGUUAAACGCGCAAAUUCCAACGCCUCGUGUACCGCAGAACGGUUACCAAGCGCCCACUGAUGCAUCCAACACUAGACAAUCAUCGAGUAUACCGUCAUCGUCCAUCCCGACUUCGGACCAACCGUCGAUAACCCCCAACGAUAAAGAUUCGUACCCACCGGAAUCUUUUCCGGCACCGCCGAUUCGUAUUGGUCCUGCGCCGCCACCUGCCACCUCCUCCGCCCCGGCCCUACUUCCAAUACAACCGAUGAAUGUAUCGCCUGACCUCGGCCGAGAAUUGAUGAAAUUCUUAUCUGCUGCAGCUUUACAGCCGUCAACGACCUCGCCGUCACAAGAACCUAUUAAAAACGAAAAUUCCAAUCAGAUCGUCGCACCGAGUUCAGAUGACGAUGAUGACGAUGAUGACGAUGACGAUGAAGAUGAACCGUCAGACACUGCUUCUCCUCCUUCUCCUCUUUUAUCCAGUCCGUCUACACCGCCCGCGUCAACGGUUUCAAAACAGUCAACUGCAUCUAACGCACCGGCUCAACCUGUAACAAACCCGCUAUUAAAUCUUUUGUUAAAUUCACAAUCAUCGAUAAAUCUGUUAAACUCCUUUCUCAGUUUAUCUGCUCCGGACAGUCUGACGACCACCGCUCAACCGCCGACUAUUAAACGCAGUUUAAAUCCAUCGUUUAUACAAUAUUUAUCGACGUUACCUAGAUUUCAACAGACGUCCGAUUAA